AUGCCCGCACCGCGUCCAAUCCCGUUGGCGCCGAUAAAGGGCCUCUCAAUCUACCGGCAGCUGCUACGCGAAUGCUCGUACCUCCCGCCCGCCGUCCGCCCGACAAUCCAAUCCCUGAUCCAGACCCGGUUCCAGCAGCACCGCAAAUAUGACCCCCGCGCCAAACCACACUGGGAACGCGCGCAACGGGUGCUGCGCACGCUGGCGGCCGCCAACACCGGCCACCGCAGGUGCAUGGAGGAGCUCAUCUCCAAGGCCUUUGGCCGCUCCGGCACCCGUCGGCGGCAGCUGAUGCGCGAGUUUGUCGUGCCGCAGGGCGCUGCGGACUCGCAGGCCCUCGAGGCGCUAACCCAGACGACGACAACAGCGGCGACCACCAACCCGCCGACCAAGGCGAAGCGGCCGAUCGGAAACCCCAAGAACCGCUUCUUUCUAAAGUGGGAUCAACCAAAACUGCUGCGGCUGCUGUCGUCGCAGCGCCGGCACCAAAACGAAGCGCGGUCCACGUCCCACCUGCUCGGGACGUCGAUCAAGACCAUCAACCCAGACGUCGACGUGCCCAAGGAGAACAUCUGGGGCGACCCGCCGGCCGAGUGCGUCGUCAACGCCAAAAAGGCGCGGUGGUGGCGGCGCAGCGCGGACAAGAUGCAGCCGCCGCUCGGCAGAGGCGAGUGGGACCUGCUCGGGCGUCUGAGCCGCGGCGCGCAAGAAGCGGACGAGUGGCGCGUGCCGGCGCGGCGCGUGCGCGUCGGCGGCGCGCUCGCACAGCCGCUGCAGGAGGAGAGCCAAGCGGCCGCGCUGAUGCGAUAUGCGUCCCACACGGCGGCCGCGGUGGAGAGGAGUCACGGCGCCAAGCGCAGCGCCCGCGCCGGUCAACAGGAUACCGGGCCGUACGGACACGGGCACUCGGGGAAAGGCCUCUCACCGCGCUGGUUCCGACGAGCAUACGCUCGCGCGUGGAUGCUCACGCCCAAGAUGGAGCAGGACCCGCGGACGCUUCAGUACACGUUUACGUUUGGAGACUUGCCCCGUCUCCGAGAUGCUACGCCCCAGCAGCGGUCCAUCUUUGACGGCGUCGACGCCAAUGGCCAGCUGUUGAAGUAG